CUCUAUCCCCAUGUCGAAGCUUGAAAGGAACAAUUUCCUGCCGUCGGCGGCAUAUUCGAGCCUCCAAUCGGAUCCAAGCAAGCAUAUUCAUCUUGCUUCUCUCCCAUUUCAGUCUUCGAUCUGCAUAAAUAAGUGUAUAUAUAGUGAUGAGUGAGACGAGCGUUGCUUUGAUCCUUCGACCAUGAGAGGGAUGAACGGAUUAGAGAGCUCUUCUUCUUUAUCGCCGUCGUUAUCGAGCCCUUACUUCCCCGUCUUGCACAACUACCCGCUGAUCUCGGCCAUCCUCGCCUUCGCCAUCGCCCAAUCGAUCAAGGUCUUCACCACCUGGUAUAAGGAAAGACGCUGGGAUGCCAAGCAGCUUAUUGGAUCUGGUGGGAUGCCAUCGUCCCAUUCAGCAACAGUGACAGCACUAGCAGUAGCUAUUGGAAUUCAAGAUGGCUUGGGUAGUUCUGCUUUUGCUACAGCAACGAUGUUUGCAUCUGUGGUAAUGUAUGAUGCUUUUGGUGUUCGACUGCAUGCUGGAAAGCAGGCAGAGGUGUUGAAUCAAAUUGUGUAUCAACUUCCAGAAGAACAUCCUUUGGCUGACACUAGACCGCUGCAUGAACUUCUUGGCCAUACCCCUCUUCAGGUCACAGCUGGUGCUAUCUUGGGGUUUUUCGUAGCUCUCUUAUCUCGAUUAAUCAACAAAUUUGCGGGUGGAGCAUGACAUCCGGAACGAUGAAGACAAUCAUUGACACCAGGCUGCAGCUUCUAGUUACAAGUGGAAAUAGGUUUUCCAGGUAGUCAGCCAGGUUGGUCACUUCAAGAUGGACAUUUUAACCCAUAAAUAGUAUGAUGACUGAUGAGGAUGCUAUUUGCAGAAGACAUAGAUCCAUUCUUUCUGUGAUAUCAUUCUUGUCUGCGUAGAUGUGUCUAAGUUUGAUAGAUUAGUCAUUCUUGUAUGCAUGCAUCCAUGUGUGUAAGUUUGAUAGAUUAGCCAUUCUUGUAUUGUAUUUAACCAUUCUUCCACUUGCUGUAUGCUUGAUUGUGCAUGUUAUAUAGGAGGACAGUAUUUUCUUUUUGC